AUGUUGUCUGUUACAGCUGCGUGUGGUAACGUUUGCGCCGCCAAGUCUUUGGUAGGCAAAGAUAAGUCGCUCUUGGACGAGAGAGUUUCAGCAGCAACGCCACUCGUUGUCGCAUAUAGCAAUGUCAAUCAUGGCAUGGUCGAGUUCCUCCUGGAACUUGGAGCAGAUCCAAUCUCUGGAGCAGAACCUACAACUCGUGGUUUGUGGGCUCCUCUCGCUAUUGCAGCGACCUUCAAACAUCGCAAGGCGAUGGAGAUUCUACUUGAACACAAGGCAUCCGUGGAUAGUCAAGGGUUGAAGGCAGGUACUACUCCUCUACUUUACGCUGUCGAGGAAAUGAGUUUAUCUCAUACGUUCACUUCUUAA